AAAAAUAAUUCUAAGCAAAAUGAUUAAAAUCGUGGUUUUCUCCUGCUUUCUUCUCUCCAUAUCUGCUCUCCAAAAAGAUACUUUACCUCGUAAAGUACCUUCUCUUGAUGGAAGAAUCAUCGGUGGGGAAUCAGUGGACAUCAAAAACUACCCUUAUCAACUUUCCCUUCAAUAUUUGGGUAGCCACAUUUGUGGUGCUUCUAUCAUUUCCGCAAAAUGGGCGGUAACUGCUGCUCAUUGCACUGACGGAUCUUCAGCAUUAUUAUUGAGUGUUCGAGCUGGUUCCUCAAUUCGUGGAUCCGGUGGUCAAGUGAUUUCGGUUAAAAAAAUCCAUCAAAAUCCCCAAUACGAUUCAUCAACGAUUGAUUACGACAUAAGUUUAUUAGAAUUGAGUUCUAAUCUUAAAUUUGAAGCUGGUGUUAAUGUCGUGGGUCUUCCAAAGGUUAAUCAACAACUUCCGGUUGGGAAAUUAUCGGUGGUGAGUGGAUGGGGAACUCUUAAGGAAGGCGGAAGUACUUCGUCGCAAUUACAAGCUGUUCGAGUUACAGUUGUUAGUAAUGAAGAGUGUAAUGCUGCUUAUGGGGGUAGAUCGAUUACUGAUAGGAUGAUGUGUGCUGGGGAAAAAGUUGGUGGAAAAGAUGCUUGUCAAGGUGAUAGUGGUGGUCCUUUAGUUGUUGAUGGGGAAUUAAUCGGGAUUGUUUCUUGGGGAUAUGGAUGCGCACGUCCAUCUUAUCCCGGUGUUUACGCAAGCGUACCAAAUUUACGCGAAUUUAUUUCGAAAGUAUCUGGAAUUUAAAAGAACAUUAAACUCCGAAUUAACGUUUUAAUGAAUUAAGUAGAAUAGUUUAUAAGUUAAAAAGAAAAUCAAGAAACAUUGUUACGUUGACUUUGUAUUAAUUUGUAUUGCUUAUUUUAGUUGUAUAUUUAGUUGUUAUAGUAGAAUAAAUUUAGAAACAAA